CCAGUCACCGCCGCCUCCGCCUCCUCGGCAGGGCCAUUGAUUCGCCUCCCUCUUCCUCCCGCCUCCUUCCCUCUCCUUCUCCCUCUCUCUCCUUCACAGGAGGCGGAGGGGACGGCAGCCCCUCUCCAAAGUUUGGAGCUGGAUGCGGGCGGCGCGGGGAGCCGAGGCGAGGGAAAGUCCGCCGCCGCCGCCGCCAACUUGUCCCACUUUGCCCUCCUCCCGCUCCCUCAGCGGCCGGCUGCCUUUCUGCCCAUUAAAGAGACGGACCUUGAUCUCUCUCCGCGGUGGCGGCUGGACCCGGCCCUCUCUCCCUCCCUCCUUCCUCAUCGCACUUGAUUCCUCCUGCCUUUCUUCUUCCUCCUCCUUCCUGCUCGCACUAUGGAGUUUACCGAGAGGAAAAGAAGCAGGAAAUCCCAAAGCUUUAAACUGAUAAAUCAAGACUAUCAUCAUGAGCAAUACAAGAUUUCUGACUACAGUAAUGAUGUUAAUGGGGAGGCCAAAGAAGUGCAACCGUUUUAUUUAGGAGAUGAAAGCCGGGAAAUUAAAAAACAAAUUACAGGGAUGAGAAGAUUACUGAAUGACAGCACUGGAAGAAUAUAUCAGCGCGUUGGCAAAGAAGGAGAAAAACUGAAGGAAGAACCUCAGGAUUUAGAACUGGCCUGGGCUCAACGUCUAAACACUCCUGUAGAAACUCAAGCAAACCCCCAUUCGUCUCAGAGUGGAACUUGGAAUGACUUAUCUCCACAAACUAGCCACUAUUCAGGGCAAUAUGGAACUCGUUCCAAGACCUUCCAAAACCAAACUAAAACGAUAGGCUCAAAUGGAGAAAUUCCAGCAACCAAUUCCUCCUCUGGAUCAAAUUGUUGUACUUGUAAUUGCCAGCCAGCAUUGGAAGCCAUUCUUCAAGAGCUUAAGACCAUGAGAAAGAUAAUGCAGAUUCAAGCAGCGGCUGCUCAAAACAGACAACAGCCUUCAGUCCCCCUGGUUAGUGCACAGAAAUCAGCCCUGGCACGAAAGAGAAAUAAAAAGAAAAAAUUCCUCCCAAAAACUAUUGAACCUCCUGCUGUGAAUAAAAAGCCCAACACUGUAGACCAUGAAAAAAAGCUAUCAGCAAAUACUGAAAGGUCAAGUGUGGAUGCAGCUGAAUUUUCUUUGAAAUUGGAGCCACAAGUUUCAGGAUUUGGCAUUAUCCUUGAAUCUUCCUCUUCAGACCCAGAAGUUCAACUUGCAGAAGGCUUUGACGUCUUUAUGGCUAAAUCACAACUGGACUCUAUAUUAGCAAAUUAUACUCGCUCAGGAAGCCUGCUCUUUAGAAAACUGGUUUGUGCAUUUUUUGACGACAAUACCUUGGCCAACUCCUUACCCAAUGGCAAGAGGAAAAGAGGCUUGAAUGACAACCGGAAAGGACUAGACCAAAAUAUCGUGGGUGCAAUAAAAGUGUUCACAGAAAAAUACUGCACAGCAAACCAUGUGGAUAAAUUGCCUGGCCCAAGAGACUGGGUUCAAAUUCUACAGGAUCAAAUCAAACUGGCAAGAAGACGGUUAAAAAGAGGUUCAGCAGAGGUAAAUGACUAUGAUGAGAAACCGGACAUUUCUCUACUACAAACAGGUAAUCUUUUUGAAACCACACAUUCUGCACCAGUAUUUCAUUAACAGAUUUGGACAUCUGCGUUGGAGAAGGAUACCAGCAACAUUUCCAGACUACUUCAAUAUUUGUGUUCUGUUGUAUCAUGGCCUCUUGCAUUUUCUUCAUGCUUUUGUAACAUGGGAUAACAAAGCCACUAAAUUACUUGUUUCCUUUAAAAAAAAAUCAAAAUAGGCUUGUUGAGCAACAAGGAUUAUAGUGCAGUUAGUCUGGUAACCACAAUAAUGGAACAAAAUUUGCCUUUAUGAUUGCAUUUUCAUACAUAAACAUAUGCAUGCUGGAUAUUCCAUUUCAGUUAAGUGGAGAAAAAUAAACACAGCUAGAGGUCUCUUUCCUUUCAGGAGGGAGCUCUAAAGGGCCCCAUUUUAUAUUGGUUUCUUUUAUAAAAAUCACAGGUUGAAAAAAAUCUAAGUAGUUUCAUCAAUCAUGCAUUUUCAUCUGUUUUGAAGAUCCUCUCUCAUAUUGUUAUUAUGAUUGGGUAAAAAUGAUAAAUUGUCAGGUAUAUAUCUAAAAAUGAGAAAGAGUAUCAAUAUAUUUGACUGUAAGAACCCCUUUCAUUGAUUGCCUGGUGUUUUGUCCAGAACUGGUCUUGUUAAAUGUGAUACAAAUUGUUUUUGAGAGUGCUCAGAUGAUGUUUUGCAGACUCUUUACCUCUUCCCUAGCCUUUGAGUCUGGCAGUACUGUCAAGAAUACUUUUUCAAGAAUUAUUGCUGUCAACAGUCUCUAUUCCCCUUUUAUAUAUGCAGCUUUUUUGUAAUGUUUCCAUGAGAUUUAGGGAAUAUACAGUUCCAUUUUGUGUGGUGGUGAUUGGUUUUCAUGCCUUCUCAUGCCUCCCUUCUUGCCUAAUGCCAAAUGUAUCAAGGGGUUGGUGAAUAGUCCACAGAAAUAAGAACAUAUUUGAUAAGAAAAUGCAUGUGAAUGUGUGUCUUGUAUAUGAGAGCUUCUCCAGCGUCUCGGCCCAGACAGAAUGAGAUGAAACUCAUGACAAGCUUCACACACUCUGUGAAAUCAGGGUAGAAUAGGACUGCAGUAAAAAGUGUGUGUGGACGUGAGCUUUCUUUUUGCAUUUUCUACAAAACAGUUUCUUUAUGCAUAGAAGCAUGCAGACUCAGUUUCCACAACUCUUUAAAGAAAGAAUGGUGUAGGUUGGGCUUUGACACAUUCAGCUUGUAUGUGGAGUGCAAAUACUUAAAUGGUUAUGUGUAUAGAGGGGGAAAGCGCAUGACUCUUUAUUGAAUAGCUGAGUAAGUAUGUAUGAAACAGAACCUGCCUAUAUUACAGGCAUAGCUCGUUAACACUUUGACAAAGAGUCCCUUUUUACAAAGCCUUUUUAUGCCCACCUAAAUUCUCAUUUUCCUCUUAAUUAGCUGGAAGUUUUUUUAGCAACAUCAGCAUUGGAGGAGGGUUGGAGAAACGGACUUUCAGUGCUAGUUGCAGCAAUAUGUCUGCUCUAAGCCAUACAAUGAAACCUUAGCUGGAUAAGAAUGGGAUUCCACAGUACCUGCCCUAUAAAGGGCAAGGUAGACAGUUGCCUCCAGAAGCACUUAUUGAGCAUGUGAACAGCACAGACAAAAGGGAAAAACAGGAUUCCACCUUGUCGGCUAUCCAUUGCAUGUUCAAAACCAUACGAUAUGUAUAUUUGGCCACCAAAAUGGAAAUCAUAGGAAAAGUGAAGGUCCCAGCAUGCAUUUUGCAAGAGCCUUUCAAGUGGUCUCCUGACAAUUUAAAUUGUUAUUUAUUUAUACAAGGUUUACCUUAUCUGGUUGUUUCAUUUCACAUGAGCAUAUUAUCAGUUCUAGAUUAAAAAAAUAUUGAAGCAUGUACUCUUUUUGUGGUGAAGGAAUCUUUCCUUGUUUUUUUCUCCAUUUUAUGGUAACAAAUUAAAGAAGUAAGAUCCAGGAACAUGCCUACUUUUGGUAUCCCUGGAUUUUCCAUCUCUACAUUUUUCUCUCUAAAAAGUCCUAAAGAAGAAAAAUGGCUGUUUAGGGCCAGAAUAUACAAAUUAAAACAGACACAUCCAUACCACAUCAGUUGUUUGACACUUAACUGUGCACUUUGUUCCAAAACUAAAGACAUAAUUUUAAAGAAAAGAUUUGAAUCCACUUUCUCACUUGCUAAUUAACUAAUAUCUAGAUGUAUUUAAUAAUUCCCUUGGUCCCCAAAAGCAGCUGGCCCUUUCCAUUAGAAUUGAAAUGAAUGUGCCCUCCAUAUUUUGGUUCAAUUCAUGUAUCCGAUACUCAAUAGGAGCUUGUCAUAGUAUAAGAAAUAUCAGUGUAAAUUUGUACACUGCUCUUUGCUGUUAUUUAAACCUGCAAAUACAAUUAGAAUAAUGCAAUUAUUUAUUGUCAUCUUUUGAAGAACAAUGCCUCAAUCCUGUUCUCAGUGUAUAAUGUAUUGAAGGCUUAAUAACAAUGUGAGAAUUUCAUGCAUAAUUAUUGUAAACACACUAUUACGUGUUCUUGAUAAAGGCAGCAAGAAUAUAUUGAAAUUUAAACACUUUUACUGAAUACCCGCUUCUAUUGCAAUUCAAUUUUUCUUUUAUGGAAUUUUAAACUUAAUCUGACCAACGUUUGAAAUGUUGACUGUGUCCUCUUGAUGACAAGGCAAAUGUGGCUUGUGCUGUAUUCUUCAAAAUUGCAUCUCUUCCUUAGAGACUGCUAGGAUGCUCCCUCAUGAAUCAAACUUUUCAGUUUCACUAGUAAAUCUAUAAAUAAGGCAUACAUUUUAACAUUUAACCAACAACCAACAUUCUUUUUGUGGAUCUUUAAAAAUGUAUUUGUGUCUAUUUAACUGUGACUACUGUUCAAAUUUCUAUUCAGAAGUCUUUUUAUAGGUUUUAUUAGGGAAAUCAUUCCAUAUUUAGGUAAAGAAGUGUCUCAAUCUUGUGUAUAUAAGUUUUAUUAAUAUGUACAUAUUUAGCUAUUUUUUAAAUUACUAUGUUCUUAAUAAAACCAACAAGGGACUAGUUGUGAAAUGGUGCAUAAGACUGUGUUUGUGUUAUCAAUCUCUGGGAAUCCCUAUUUGUCAAGUUCAGAAAAAAGAAACCCAAUAAAUUACUCUGAUUCAGCAAG